UGUGUCUGUCUGUGCUUCGGCGGACCGACGACGUUCUUCGGUGGAAUUCUGCUGGCAGUCGGCUUUGAUGUUCGCGUUUUUGUGUGAGUGCUGAUCCGCGGAUGGGCGUCACUGGUGUUGGUUAGUCGCGGAUAAAUAUUUUUAGAGAGUGCGACGUGUUUUCUGAACUAGGUACAUAAUUAAAAAUAAAUCAUCACCCAGUUGGUACUAAGGACAUUAGUGGACCGAAAGGGGGUUGAGGAGAUUUUCAAUUCGGCGGAUCGGACAGGACAUGGAGGAUCGUUGCAUGUGAAUACAUGGGCGGUUGGCAGUUUGGCAACGUUGCUUCUAAACUCGUUUUGAAAACGGAUGUUAGACCUGUAGGCGUUGUGAAGCGAGAAUCGACAGACGUUGCAUGUUGAGAGGCGAUCGAGCCAAGUGUCACAAUGAAGUGGCGGAUGAGUGAAAGGGACGGUGAACGAGGCUAUCUCGCUUGCAAGAAUGUCUCUCGCAACCUGUCCUGCUGCCACCCCUGGCAACCUGCCCACCCGGCGCACACACACCUCAUCAUGUGACUUGGUUGAAGCAACGACGAGUCAUCGCACACUUGCUGGCCAUACUACGGGCCGCGCUUGGCUCACAUAAAGAUUUCAGUGUAGUGGUCUGGUCAGCGCCGACGUUCGUCUCCGUGUACGUACACAAGUCCCGUGUAGCGACGACCGAACAGGGUGCGUGUGUGCGAGCCUUCCGAACAGACUGGCCGAGUCCAAAGAGGCAGAGAUAUUUAUGAAAAAAUAAUACCACAGCACUCGAUUGUGUACGCUGCUAACGUUUAGUCAUAUCAUUCAUCCUCUCUCGCGCGCUUGGUUUCAGAACUACAGUGCCAGUCAGUGUUGUGCUUGAAGCUAGCAGACAGCAAGACACAAAAGCAAAAAUGAGUUUAAAUGGAAAACAUUAAUGUGCAGCGGACAGUAUCACGGUUUCGGGCAAAGUUGUUUCGUUUUUCGGUGACCCAAAGGCAGGAACUGAGUUAAUCGUUUUCUGUGCUUUUCUUGGAUGUGCUUCGAAGUGAAUAAUCAAGUGGAAACCUGUACCAGACGGUGGCACUCAAAGUGAACACACAGUUCGUAUUAUUUUAUUUAUCAGUUUUAUUCGAGUUGAGUGCAGCGGCAGUGGACACAAACUGGGAGUUAGGUCCUCACCGUUUAAAGUGAAGUGAAACUCGAAAAGUGACAGCAGGAACAUAGCGCUGAGUGUGUGAGCGGAUUGAAUGUGUAGAAAUUACGAAAAUAAUUCAAUAAUGGCGCACGGACUACAUUCGAUGAUAAAAAGUGAAAUUGGUUGCGGGAGCGGCGGAAAGCCAAGAAUCGAGCAGCGUCCCGGAGGAGGAAACAAUCAGAACAACAGUUCCGGGGGAGCUGCAGGAAAGAUGGGUUCCCGGAGGAUUUUUACACCACAAUUUAAGUUGCAAGUGUUGGACUCGUAUCGGAAUGACAGUGACUGCAAGGGCAACCAGAGAGCCACGGCCCGCAAGUAUGGCAUCCACAGGAGACAGAUUCAGAAAUGGUUGCAGGUGGAGAACAACCUCCGCUCGGCGGCAGCCAACAGCAAUUCAAGCGGAGCUGGCGCUGCGAUGAAAAUCAAUCUAAUGGGCAAUCAUCAGCCUCAGGCCGCAACACAGCCACAGUUCCCACUGCAUCCGCACCAUCUCCAUCCACACCAUCUCAUUCGCCAUCAGAAUCUGAAUUCCAUCGAACUAAAAGUGCCUCUGGAUUCAACCAGACACCGCGUCGCUCAAAACGCCAACAAUAACAACAACAACAACAUCCUCGGCAACGGCAAAGAGAGCAGCGCUUGUAUAAUAUCGCCAGUUCCCACUCACACUUUGGUAGCGCCAUUCUCGCAUCCACACCACGAAAGUUCGUCGUCGUCAGCAAGUCUAUCGGUACUUAAACCGCACAGCCGCGGCGAGUCGGAGGCGGUCGCCAUGGCUGUGAGCCAAGUGCAGCGGCCCAACUAUUCACCCGUGUCCGGUGAUUUUCCAAUCACCCCCACGCCGACACACCCCUUCGACAGGCUCAAUCUGCUCGAUCCGUACUAUCAUCCGUAUCAUCUCCCCUACGCCAAGUACGCGAUCGAUUGCCCGAUCGACCUCUCGCUGCCACAGCACUAUCGCGCCAAACUGGAGCAAGCUCUCUCGCCCUGUUCGACUAUCUCCUCGGUCUAUUCAUCGCGGCCACGAUCCAUCACGCCCGCCCCGAUGGAAAUCAAAACCGAAGAACCUUCCUGCCAUCUAACCUCGGAAGAUUGCGAAGCGGUUGAUCUCUCCUGCCGAAAACGCAAAACCUCCUCCCCAAGCGAGGAUGACGCAAGUCCUCCUAAAUCCAUCAAGCUCUUCAAACCCUACCUGCUGGACGAAAAAGACGACGAUAAGGACUCUACAAUCGAUUCACCGGACCCAACCGGGAGGCCCGAUUAUCCCAUCAUUUCGAACUUUCAUGCCCAGCAGCGAUACUACGAGGGUCUGAUCGAGUGCAAUGGAGGAUACCCGCCAAGUCCUCCCCAUAUGCAGCAUCUGCUGACUCCAAUGCCCCGUACCCCCUUCAGCAGCACCCUGUCUCCAUCCCCGCCAAGCACCAUCGGCAGCAGCACCCACUGGGCCCAACCGCAGGCCUCACCCGUUUCCGGCUACGACAGUUCUACCUCGAUCUCGUCCGUCUACAGCAACGACGGUGAUGCCGACGGCUACAGCUACAACCUGGAACUACGACAGCAGGCCAUCGACAGCUACUACCACGACAUUGCCUGCCGGGGCGAUUUCCGCGCCGUAGCCUCCAAGUACAACAUCAACCGGAAGUACGUGGAGAAGUGGCUCGCCCAGGAAGAUCACCACGUGGUUCCCACUGCAGCACCCCCACCACAGCAGCCGCCACAAAUUGUCGUUGGGUAAGCCAAGAAAUCGCCAUUCUCAUUCAAAAUCGGAGCUGAACAAGCAAGUAUAUACGAUUAGUCCUGUGAUGUCCUUCUUGGUUUUUUUUUCUGUUUGGGUCGAUCAUGUAAUGGUCGUCCAGAUUAUUUUAUUUUAAACUGAUUGAUUGGUCACAGGUCGGAGUGCGCGGGCACCUCCGGGUCCACACAGGGACUAUUGAAUUAACUGAAAUGUGAUAUUUAUAACAUAUAUACCUAUACAUACAUUGAGGGAUAGAUCAGUAGUAGACAGAAGCGCGUAUUUUAGAAAGGAAUUUGCCAGGAUUAGCAGCUAGCGGAUUAUCGUUCCGUAAAUUAUUAUCGCUACAGUCAGGGAGCAGGAAGCCGGUGUAAAGGUGUGAAAGGAUACAAUCGGAAAGGUACAUGUUUCACUUGCAACUGCGGGUGGUGCGGUAGCACUCCGGAGCAGGUCUCCGGGCCUUUCGAGGAUUUUCGAACUGUCAAAAUCACUUGAAAGAAUAAAUAUGCUAAUUUUUGGGUUCAAGCAGGCAGACUUCACUUGGCGUGUUGAUAAUUAGCAUAACAAUUGGUUUUUAUUGAACCGAAUGUUGGGAUUUGAGAACCUUGUAGGUGGUCUGUGGAAGGGCAACAGAGAAGGAAGAUGAGGCGAAAAGAAAGUUAACGUCGCUCCUUGUCACAGGUGUUGCAGCCCUCGUCUGGAACUUGAUGAAAGGACCCGCCCCCUGGAAAUUCACAAACACGUUCGAGGAUCGCAGGUAGAUCCUUGGCGUUAUUUGAUCUCUCCCUCCGCCUCCAGUACUAUCCUUGCAUUUGAUUGCCUUGACGUCGACCGUCCUAGCUGUCUAGAGCGACUCGGCCGUCGAACACACAAAUCACAGGUGCCAUAUAGUUUCUAACAUUAUUUUGUUUUCAUAUCCUCCUAACUGCCGAGCCAAGUGCGAAAUCGGGGGUUGGACAAUAAUCUGCUCAAUAUCCCCUGUGCCGGCAAUAAUAACAGAGCAAUAAAAGCAACACCUUUGCUACAGCUCGGCCAAGUGCAAUCCAUAAUAUCCUGGAAUUUCCCACAAUCCUGUUUUUGUUUGCUCAUUUUCGAACGUUUGAUUACCUUCUGGUGGAUAGACGACAAGCUACCGCCACCUACUUCUUGACUGAUCGGGCUCUAUCGUCCCUUUAUGCCAACACUUUGCCAAUGUUCGUAAAACAAAAUGGCCGCCAUGGACAUGUUCUCGCUCGACGGCUAAUGGCGGCGUGUUGCGUCACUUCCCAUCUACUGCGGUCACCAUGCGCGAAAAUGGCAACAAUUGCUCCACUUAUUUGCGCAAAAGUGAUUGAAACUAAUUUUAGUCGACGACUGAUUGAACAAUCGUUUGCGCACAGAAGAAGGUGAAAAAUGCAGCGCGCGCAAGAGGUGCCACUAAUUACCGGUGCCAACCGAAUGUUUGGUACCGUGCCGCCUCAAGUUCAUCAUUGCUGUGGCAACUGUAACAAAAAAUUUCCCAACGCAAACCACUACGAUGUACAACCACUAAUCCUCUUGAAAGCGAUUUGAUUGCAAUUUUGAUUCGUAUCAAGAUGGGUGAAACAUCUACGUACCUUUUCGAUCAGUCACUUUCAUCACCAACCGAGAAACACAUAAUCAAAACACGUGGUAGAUCAGGUAAAACCGAUUACAGGCGAUAACGAUAAUCCUUUCAAAUACUAUUCAUUGCAAACAUAUUUGUGAAUAUCAAGUGCCUAAUUGAGAUGGAAAAAUCAAGCAAAAUAAUCCCAUUCACACCUUAUUAAAUAGAAAGAGACUAGUUAGAGAUACAAAGUAAAUCAAGUGCCAAUACAACAACAAAUAAGCUAAACACAGCUAAUUCAUAAAUAGAUAAGCAAUCCCGUUACAAUACUUCAGUUUUAAAUCAUAACUUCUUUCCAACUUGGAUGUGUAAAUAGCAAAAACGCAUGUGUCAUCCCCUCAUUUCAUUAGGAGAGCGUUCAGGAACGCAAGUUAUCAGAAAGAUUUCCACACUGAAUUUCAUUGAACUCAUUCACAGUAUAAUAUAGACAUAUCGUGAGAGCUGGUUUCCUUCGGAAUAAUUGAGAAAGGAAAGGAAUCAAAUUUAUUAUAACCCCAAGAGAGUAUACAGAUUAAUUUCUAAGAGCGGUUAAAUGUACUAAAAUUUAUUCUUUCGAAAACUAUAGAUUAUCAACAGGAAGAUUGAUUAUAAAUAUAUUACAAAAACAGUCUCAGUUUAGUUUGAAGUCAGCAAAGUGAACUAACUAGUUUGUAAACGCAUUCAUGCAAAUAUCAUUGUAAAUAAGUGCAAGCAGCCAUAUUAGGGAUGGAUGAGUGUGGAUCGGACAUGAGAUACCGAUGUAAAGAAUGUUUUUUUUUUCUAUGAAUCAAAAUUUCGUUGUUUAGUUAAGCAUUAAGGCAUGUUAGAAAGAGAACUGAGUACGAAAGCAUAUUGUAUUUUCUACUAUUAUUAUACAGAUCAAGAACGGAGAAGAUGUUCUUUUUAUUUGAAUCAGAGUAAAAUGAAGAUGAGAAAUAUAUUAUAUAUUAUGGUAGUUGUAAACAUUAUCAUAAACAAUUGAAAACAA